UUUCAGCACUUACAAAUAGUUUAUUUUCAUUGAAUUAUUGAGGUGUAUUGCAUUGCAUCAUAAUUUUGAAAAUGUCAACUGCAGAUUGUUUUUCUCAUGAAAACGAUGCGGAAGAUGAAAAUGGAUCGUGCAAACAGUCAGUUACUGCGCAUCAAGAUUUACAUGAUGAAUCGCAAGAGGAUCCAUUGUACAAAAUGAGGGGAGGACUUUUUGGACGAAGUGCUUCGUACUUACAGGGCGAGUCAGAAAGCAGUCAGAAAAAUGGAGCAAAUGAGGAAUCGUCAGGAAAUAAGAAUAAAGUAGACGAAUCAGACAGCAACAAUUUGCAUGAUGAACCAAUGGAAGUGGAUACCGUAGAGGCUGACGCAACAAUCACCACAAGCGAGAAUGUUGCUGAACCGGGUAGUUCACUAGCCAAUGAACUGAAAGCAGUUGAUGCGGACAUCGCUGGAGAUCAGAAGGAUCUCGCAGACAUUACAGAACUGAAUCGCGAAAAGAACGCUGAAUUCGAAAAACAAAAGCGAAGUGACACAGAGCAAACCCAAAAAAAAAAAGCGAGCACAGUAACAACUGUCACAACAAAUACAGAGUACGUUCGUGAAUCGAGAGAAGGAUCCACUGGAAAAAAUCAUAUUGAAAUCAUCCGUAAAGAAAAAAGCAGUGCUUCUCUUGCAACUGGAAGUAAUAUUGAUGCAGAACAUAAUGCAGAAAAGAAUGACAGUUUAAUUCCACGGGAAUUGGUAGCAGUGGUCGCGGGGGCAGAUGGUCAGUAUUCAAAUGGACCAGAAGGUGCAUCAAGUGCUGAGCCAAGUGAUGCAAUAGCCGAAGAAGCUGGAAAGAUGAAAUCGAGCGAGGAACUCUCAAAAAAUAAAAGCGAAGAGCAAGAGGAUAUUGGCACUGCUCAAGAGAUUCCAAGCAGGAAAUCCGAACGAAGCUGUAAAAGACGUAAUUCUCACACUGUUGCUAUUGGUAACCAAGUAAAUACAGAAGCUAAAGAAUCACAAGAAGGUGGUAACAAUGACUCUAUCAACGAACGACGUAAAAGCUUGCGUACUCGUAAAACUGAUGUUUCUAAUGAAGCUGUCCCUGUGAAGAGUGAAUCGGCGGCAGAGGAGCGGCGAAAAAGUUUACGUACACCAAAGAAACCAGUUGCUACAUCAACUCCUGUUGCCAGAGUCAUACGUCGUGAAAAGAAAAUAGAGGAGAAGAUAGUGAAGAAUAUAUCAGAAUCGGAAUCGGCUGAUGAAAAAGCUAUGAAGUCUGGAAGAAGUGGCAAGAAAAGCGCUUCAAAUGCGGCAGUUGGGUCGAGAUCUGCUCAUAAAUCUGUAAAGAAAGAAAUAGGGAAAAAGAAACAUGAUCGUACAAGUGAAUCGGAUAAAGAUCCAUUUAGUAUUGAUAACAAUUUCGACAAUCAUCCAGAACCGCUACGUAAUAUCCAGAUGGAACGCCAAUCGUUUGGAGGAUAUAAAUUCACGAAAUCGCCGGAAAAGGCACCUACAUUGCGUUAUCAGAAAACUGAACAAACAGCUAAUGAACGACGGUCCAAUCUUAUUGGUCUUUUACCACAGCAAGAGGUUAGUACUCAUAAAUCACUUUCCGAAUUGACACUAAGCGCAGGUCGGCGAGUCGCAAUGACGUCCUCGACGAAGAGAAAGACGAAAUCUAUGGGUGGUGAAUUUUCAGAACUGAGUGGAAGUUCAAACAUGUUAGAGAAAUCAGUACAACAGGAUGAUACCAAACAGCGGCCGAAAACCGGAAGCCGAACGGAAGAGACACAGACGAACUCAAUGUAUAAUUUCCAACCAUCACCGAAACAACGAAAACGUAAAAUAAUUGACUCAUCACCAGCAGUAACACCAAAAAGACCGCCGAAAAUGGUGCUACCGGAAUUGUCAGCAGUAGAGCAGUUUGAAGCAGAUCACCGUCCUAAUGAACACGCUACAUAUAAUGUCGGUGCACGAAUAUAUGCUUUAUGGGAUCGUUUGUAUUAUCCGGCUCGAAUAUCCGCUGAACCGGAUGCAAGUGGUCGUUAUGAGGUAGUCUUUGCUGAAGAUGGUGCCAUACGUAGACUGGUAGCAACGGGCAUUAUCCCGUUGUGUAAUCUUGUUGCAAGCCGAAAGUGUUUGACAAGGAACGUCAAAGAUGAUGAAGAGGUGCUCGAAGAAGUGGAAAUUGUUGAAGCACCAUCAAGUGAUAAUGUAGAGAAUUGGAUGGAAGCCAUGUUCAUAAUUAAAGACACCAGUAAUGAAAAUACAAACAAAUCGUCAUGGCAAAAGUUGGUGGUGGAUAGCAAUCAGGCGAAAGCGUUACAAGUAACAACGGUUAACACAGUGCGUGAUGUCAAUGCCGAUAAUAUUGCAUCAGCUGAAGGACGACGCAGCCGAGCUGCUCGACACACUGCUGUUUAUAGUACCAAUGUUACUCCCGUUGCACCAACAAGAACUCGUCGACACGCUUCUACAACUGGAAAAGAAACUCCAAAGCUGAAUACCGCUCCAUCAAAAACAUCGUCAUCGAGAAACACUGAGACACUUGUUGAACCGGAAGAGUUGCAGGAACGGCAGCAUGAGCCUUCAGCUACGAGUGGCUCAGCUAAAAAAGCAAUGGGUAAAAUUUUCAACGGCAUAACAUUCGUCGUAACAUCAGCACUGCGUAAAAACCGUGAAGGAGAACAGGGAUUUAGCAAAAAAGAAAUACGGUGCAUGAUCGAAAAUGGUGGUGGAAAAGUGAUCGAUGAUGUUAUGAAAUUACCCCAGGGUAAACCGAUAUAUCUGAUCGCCGAUACCCACUAUCGUACCCACAAAUACCUCACAGCAUUGGCACGCUCAAUCCCGUGUGUCAGUAACCAAUGGAUCAGCGAUUGUGCUAAAGAAAAUAAGUUAUUGGAUCACAUGAAAUAUAUGUUGCCUGCAGGAGUAUCCCUUCUUACUGGUGAUAUGAAACCGUGGCAUUCAAAUAACGGUACCUUAUUAUCGGGAAAGCGUAUUUUCAUUUCGUCGAAUAAUGUUUUCUACGAUAUGCCGAACUUCUCACAAAUUUGGACUCCUAUCAUCAAUCACAUGGGCGGUACUGUUGUCCCGGUAAUUCCAACAGAAGGAUUGGACAUUUUGUUGACGGAUGCUAGUUGCACUGAGGAAGUUUUGAACAUCGCUCGAUCACAAGGAGCUACAGUCGUUUCAUCUGAAUGGAUUAUCCAGGCAAUCAUUCACGGAAGCUUACCAGCACCUGAAGCACAUGAACGUUUCCAGUACGAUUAUAGUGAUGCCUGCUCUUGAGAUGAUUAUAAUUACUUUCCUUAUUUUUUUUCUUUUUUUUUUGUGUGUCGCAGUGGAGAUCUUCAAAUUUAAUGUUGAUUUUUUGAAGAUCAAGUGGUUUUUAGAAGAGCUGAAAUAUAAAUGGGAUAAAGAGGAA